UAUUUUAAUACUAAGGUGACCGUUUGAUCGGGUCUCGAGAGGCCGGUUUUGUCUCCGACGGGCCUGUUUUGAUAACAUUUAGGCAUGGAGAUGUAAUCAAAAGUUGAGCUGAGCAUCAGAUUCUUCAGUUCUAUCGAGAAACCAUACGAGAAUAACAAAGAGAUUAGUUUCUACAUUCUAUUUAUCUCUCUCUAUCUAUCUAAGCAAACUGAAUAUCAAGAAAUAAUGAUCUGGGUUGAUGGAGUUCCAUUUUCUACCAGCUCUUCUAAGGGAAGUGAUUUGUGCCUUACAUUGAUGGAACACCCUGUACUGGUAUCUGCCUCGCAUUCAUUAAAGGCUAAGCAGGAGAGGAAGUUCUCACUUUCUGAGUUGUCUAGUUCACAAACAUCAACACAGAGUCGAUGGGUUUACAUCUUCCAACGAGAAUAUGCAACCGUUGACCCUGCACUUGUCGAUUAUGUAGGAACCGAUGAAGCAACUACUUGUGUGGGCCUUGUUAUUAGGAACCAAAAAAAUGGAAUGACAUCUUUUGCCCAUAUGGAUUUUCUGAAAGUUGUUGAUGUUGGCCUUACUCAGAUGUUGUCGGGUGUUGUUGAUCACACUAUUGAUGUUGACCUUGAUGUGCAUCUAAUUGGUGGCUUUGAAGAUGUUUCACCUAAACAGGCUAAUGGCACCAGUAGGUCUAAUAGCCUUCCAAAAUUGGAUGGUUAUUCUCUUCCUUUGUGUGCCAAAAUAAUUGAAACUUUGGCUGAAAGAAAAGAAAGGUUUCACAUUCGGACGCUUUUUGUUCUUGAUCAUAAUACCGAGACGGAUUCUGAAGAAAACACAUAUCCGAUUUUUAAUGGAUUCGUGGUUGAAAUGUCUACUGGAUCUAUAAACCCAGCCAGAUUUGAUAGGACUACAAGAUGUCCAGAUGAAAUUGUCAGAAGAAUUCGAGUGGGUGCAUCCUAUCAAGACCCCACUUGGGAUGGCAAGUUGUUAGAGACGUACGAUACUCUAGCUGAUAGAUUUGUCAUUGCUGCAUGUUCUUGGAACCUUUACCAAUUACAUGUUGCUUUGACAUUGCAGCAUCUUUCUGAUGUAGAGAUUCUCCUUUCAUGUUCUACCUCACCUUCUGCUGAAGGACCAGAUUUUGUGGAUAAUAUGAGAAGGCAGUGGGACUACUUGAUUGAACACCCAGACUGGCAAUAUACCUUUCCGAAUAGGCAACCACACAUUUUUGAGAGGACAGCUGAUGGAGGAUGGAGGAGGUGGUUACAAUCAUCGCAGGACACUUCCCAAGAACCUCUAGCUGAAAAUCUAUUACAGACGAUGUAAAUUUCAUGGAAGAAUAUCCGACUUCCCUUUGUCUAGGGUUUAUUAUCAUGGUAAAGGAAGCAUGUUCAUGUAUUUGAAGUAUGCUUUAUUUUCAUCCAGGGUAACAAACUUGUACUUCUUUUGCUAAGCACACUCCAUGACUGGAUUCCCAAUGCAAUUGAUUGAUGUUAUUAUCA